CGGUGAGUACAGUUCGGUUCUUGCAAAACAACCGUAUUUUAUACUAAAAAUCCGUCAAAUUUGAGAAGAUCCGAUAAUUUAUCAUAAAAAUAUCACGCGAGAAAUAUUUUUGUUGCAUUGAAAAGCGCACGUGAAAAAUGGCCAAGUCCAAGAAUCACACGAAUCACAAUCAGAGCAGAAAGGCUCACCGCAAUGGAAUCAAGAAGCCAAAGCGUUACAGGCACGAAUCUACCCUUGGUAUGGACUUGAAAUUCUUGCGUAAUCAGCGAUUCGCUAAGAAGCACAAUCUGAAACCAAAAGCACAGAUCAAGAGGGCAGCUGAACGUGUAGCUCUACGCGAAUCUAAGAAAUAAAUUCUUUGUAAUUAUUUACUUUAAUAAAAGAUAAAAUCAA